ACGUAUGCCUUGCACGAAUCUACCAAGUCUAGAUUUAAGCCACUGGAAAGAUAAGACUUCAUGCCACCUAAACACUGGUGAUGAAGGUUUUACUGUUGCUAUGGGUCAUUCGCACAGAAUUUCACCUUGUGUGACAUGUUCUUGUACAAAAGAAGGGAUGAUCUGCCAAUCUAUGAAGAUAACCAACUGUUUUGAACUAGCAUCAACUUAUACAAGAGAGCUGAUUCUAAAAGAUGAUGUAUGCAAAGUGCAAUGUGCUUUUGCCUUCCGAGCUUACCCACAAUUUGAGACAAAUUUAGACAAUAUAUUAGGAUUUACAGCAUGAAAUAGCAUAAUAGGACAAAUGAGCAUGGAAUAUGAUCAAAUAUAACUUGCAUUACCAAUGUAAUUGUGAUAUUCCUAUUUUGCACUGUUAGUAUAAUACAUACUAGUUUGCACAUAUGUAAGCUAAAGUAUUUAUAUUUUAUACAAUUCAGAUCUCAUUUGUUAUAUUUUACAAAUAAAUAAUAUUUACAAUUACCUUUCUUCUUUUCAUAUAAACUUUACAACAUUACCAUGUGUAGGCCCCGGUAAGCAUAUGUAGCCAAAACAAACGACGAUGUAAAGAGACUUCAUUUUAAUUAAUAUUUUCUAAUUUUACUAAUUAAAAAAACAUUAAAAGAAAAAAAGAGCACAGAAAAAGAAAAUUCAAAAAAUUUGAAACUUUAUGUACUGCAUAGUAAUGUAUUUCAUAUUUUCAGUCAUAAGCAGCUCAUUUCGAAAGAUUCCUUUU